CAGCCUCAGCGAUUUAGCAAGACUGUCUCCAAAUUAAAAAUAAAAAGGGUUGGGGAUGUGGCUCAGUGGUUAAGAGCCCUCUGGGUUAAAUCCCCAGAACCCCCUCCCUCAAAGAAGAACAAUGAAAGGAUUAAGGUGUGUUUUUCAGGCAGCCUGGUGAUGAACCCUGUACUAUCAUGUGUGGCCAAAAGGUGGCAGCAGGGAGCACUAAGGAGAAUGGGAACCUCUCCUAGGGCCACUCACACCAAGGGGACAGGGCUGGGCAUAUCUGAGAAUCAGGUUGUCAAAGGACCUUGUAUUAUUGCAGCAUGGUGGAAUCUGUUACUGCUGACUGAUUUCCUGUGACCACCCAUCUCAUUAUGCAGUCUUUAUGAGAAUGCUUUCUCAGACACUGCUGACAGGAACCGUUAGUGUGAAUUUGGCAGGGUCAUGGGUGGUCACAGUGUCUGUUUCAUAUGGGUGAAUAUGGGAGGCAAGGAAUAUUCGCAUGUCCAGAUGGGUUAAUCAGGCAAAGUUACCUGCACAGGGCAACUUACUCCAAGGAAACCAGUGUGUGUUGAAAGCAGGGUCUCCAUACCCUGCUGUGGGCUUGUGGUUUCAGGUGCUGUUGAAAGCCUGUUCCUUUUGUGAAAGAUUAGGUCUGCAGCUGGGGAGCUGGCUGAAGACCAGGCAAAGGAUGCCAGAAUAGGGUGGGGCAGUUGCCAAUAGAUGCAGCUAAAAUGUCCCCAGCUGCAGUAGGGGUGGGUAGAGGAUUAGGUGACAGUCCCCUAACCCAGCCCGGAACUAACACCCUCCUCCCUCUUGCACAUGUACCCUGACCUCCCCCACCAACCCUGCCAAAGCUCAGAAUAACUCAAGAGAACCAGACAGAAGGAUGGCAGGGACUCUGCUUGGUGUCCUACUCCUCUUGGGCCUUGUUGUCAGAGGUGAGGGGAAAAAUGAGGAGCUGAAUCUUUACCACCAUCUUUUAAACAACUAUGACCGAGAAUGUCGACCAGUGAAGAGGCCUGAGGACACUGUCACCAUCACCCUCAAGGUCACCCUGACCAACCUCAUCUCACUGAACGAGAAGGAGGAGACCCUUACUACCAGCGUCUGGAUUGGAAUUGAUUGGCAGGAUUACCGAUUUAACUAUAGCAAGGACGACUUUGGAGGCAUAGAAAUCCUGCGGGUCCCUUCAGAACUCGUGUGGUUACCAGAGAUUGUGCUGGAAAACAAUAUUGACGGCCAGUUCGGGGUGGCCUACGACGCUAACGUGCUCAUCUAUGAGGGUGGCUACGUGAGCUGGUUGCCUCCAGCCAUCUACCGCAGCACCUGCGCCGUGGAGGUCACCUACUUCCCCUUCGAUUGGCAGAAUUGCUCUCUCAUUUUCCGCUCUCAGACGUACAGUGCCAAAGAGGUGGAGUUCGUCUUUGCAGUGGAUGAAGAUGGCAAGACCGUUAACAAGAUAGAUAUCGACACGGUGGCCUUUACUGAGAAUGGCGAGUGGGCCAUCGACUUCUGCCCGGGGUUGAUCCGCCACUACGACAGUGGCUCCGCUGACAGCCCGGGAGAAACUGACGUCAUCUACUCGUUAAUCAUCCGCCGGAAGCCUCUCUUCUAUGUCAUUAACAUCAUCGUACCUUGCGUGCUCAUCUCUGGCCUAGUGCUGCUCGCCUACUUUCUACCAGCGCAGGCCGGCGGUCAGAAAUGCACGGUUUCUAUCAACGUCCUGCUCGCCCAGACUGUCUUCUUGUUCCUAAUUGCCCAGAAAAUCCCAGAGACGUCUCUGAGUGUGCCGCUGCUGGGCAGGUAUCUUAUUUUCGUCAUGGUGGUUGCCACGCUCAUUGUCAUGAAUUGCGUCAUUGUGCUUAACGUUUCUUUGCGAACGCCCACCACUCAUGCCACGUCCUUCAGGCUGCGCCACGUUUUAUUGGAAUUGCUGCCGCGUCUCCUGGGCUCUCGCCAGUCUCCUGAGGCUCCCCGGGCCACCUCCACGCCAAGGCGCGCAUCGUCGGUUGGCAUAUUGCUCCGCGCAGAGGAGCUGAUCCUGAAAAAGCCGCGGAGUGAGCUCGUGUUUGAAGGACAGAGGCACCGGCACGGGGCCUGGACGGCUGCCCUAUGCCAGAGCCUGGGCGCUGCAGCCCCGGAGAUCCGCUGCUGUGUGGAUGCUGUGAACUUUGUGGCUGCAAGUACUAGAGAGCAGGAGGCCACUUGUGAGGGACUCAGCUUUGCUGUCCCUUCCCCAGGAGGUGUCCGACUGGGUGCGCAUGGGGAAGGCCCUUGACAACAUCUGUUUCUGGGCUGCUCUGGUGCUCUUCAGCGUGGGUUCCAGCCUCAUCUUCCUUGGGGGCUACUUCAACCAAGUGCCUGAUCUUCCCUACCCACCCUGUAUCCAAGCUUGAGCCUGAACCUGCUCCCUCUACAACUGUCCACACACCUCUAGCAGGAAAUAGAUUUUGAAAAGACAAGUGGCUACCACUACUGUAUUAUGUUUCCUUCCAAAGAGGUACCACAGUGACCAUGUGGGCAGGCUGGCCCCUGUUCAGGUGUCAGCAGAAGUGGAGGGCAAAUGGCUCAGGCUUGCCCUCAGUUCACCCUUGCUGACCUCUGGGCUUUUCUCCAGCCUGGUCCUAGAGACUCAGGCCUAUGAGCCUCUAAGUUAUGUUUAUCCAGUUGAUAGCCAUUAGGAGAGACCCCUUUGUAGGACUUGCAGGAAGCCCUGUGCUUUGGCCUGACCCUGCCAGAAUGAGUGGGGACCCAAUACCCUCGGUGAAAGUCACUACUGAAGGUUUAUGGCUGAGAAUCCCCUGGCCUGCCUUCUGUCAUGUCUUCUAGGUUUUCUUGGCCUAGCCCACCCCACCUCCAUAAUAAUCAUCACAGAUUCCCCCCACCACACUCCCCAGCCCUAUUUCCUCCAUCCCAAUGGUGCAUACUCUCCCUGGCUAGUAUCCAGGAUUGUGGGAAAAAAAGAAUAAUAUGGGGUCUGAAAUGGUGGGAGCUGGUUGAAUUGUCUUUAUUAACAAACGGGAUAUCCAAGGCCACUACAUUGAGGAGGGGCAAGGGAGGGAGAAGGGCUACUUGCUGCUCACACUAUAUACAGAUGCAAGCAAGGGGGCAUGGAGGGUGAGAGCUUCCUGCUCCCUCCCUCCACCAGGGAAGGGGAGAGGCUAGAAGAGAUGGGGGCUGGGAAGGGGGGAAUGUUUUGGCUGGC